AAAUAAAAAAUAGUAAACAAUUAAUGUUAUGGUCACAUUAUAUGUGUGAGAGUCUCUCGUGAAUCAGGUGAUGCAUAAUAUCGCGUAUAUUAAAAAAAUUAACAACGAUAUCUAGUUCCUUCUUCUUUACUCUUUUCAUUUUUUAAAAAGAAGAAAGCGCUUACUUUGUAGUAUGACUAUUCAUGGACAUUGUCACAGUCAUCACGCUGACAUUUCAUUCAAUCCACCCAAGGAUAAUGCGCCGCGUGUACCUAAAAACAUCACGCAUUCUCGCAUCAAUAACUUUCUAGCGGACGGAGGACAAUUUCAUGGGAUGGGAAUACACCGUAAUUUAUGGAUAAAGCGUCAAAGCGGAUCCCCCCAUGUGGACCUGAAAGUUUACAGUGUACCUGAUCUCAAGCGCCUCACUUUUAAAGAGGCUGUUGCACAAAAAUUUGAAGAUUUCAAGUUGGGUCAAAAGAAAUUUGGUCCCAGCUGGUCUACACAUUGGUUUCUACUAAACAUUACUAUUCCAGAAGAACUGAAUGGAGAACAGGUAGUUAUUCAAUGGGAUAUGGGAUGUGAAGGAAUGGUCUGGAGUACAGAUGGUAUACCUCUUCAAGGUCUUACAGGUGGAUCGGACCAAUCCCGACAUGAUUACAUUGUCACCAAAAAGGCCAGUACUGGAGACAAAUACACUUUUUACAUUGAAGCAGCAUGUAACGGCAUGUUCGGUGUUGGGGCUAACGAUGCCAUGGUAGCUGACCCCAAUAGAUACUUUGAACUCUCCAAAGCUGAUCUUGUCGUGGCCAACAAAGAUACACAAAGCUUGUAUCAUGAUUUGACUAUUAUUCGCGGCAUUGCUUUUGAUACUGAUCAGGACUCUUCCCGUGCUAGACAAGCAUUAUGGACAGCAAAUGAGGUUAUCAAUAAUUAUAUCGGCGACGACAAGAAAUCAAUUCAAAAAUGCAUUCAAAUAACGCAAACUUUUCUAAGCGCCACUUCAGGGUCUGGCCAACACCAAAUUACUGCAGUUGGUAACUGUCAUAUUGAUACAGCCUGGCUUUGGCCGUAUGAUGAGACAAAGCGCAAAAUUGCAAGGUCUUGGUCUAGCCAGUUGAAUCUGAUCGAAAGAUACCCAGAUUACAUAUUUACAGGCUCUCAAGUACAGCAGUACGAAUGGUUGAAAGACCUUUACCCGCCGCUUUUUGAUAAAAUCAAGAAAAUUGAGAAGACCGGUCAAUGGGAGAUUAUUGGAGGAAGUUGGGUCGAGCAUGAUACCAAUAUGCCUUCUGGAGAGUCCCUUUGUAGACAGAUGCUUUUAGGUCAGCGAUUUUUUGAAAAACACUUUGGUAAAAGAACUCGUGUAUUCUGGUUACCUGAUUCAUUUGGUUACUCUGCUCAACUUCCUCAGGUUCUCCGUGAAUCAGGAUGCGAUUAUUUCUUUACCCAAAAGUUAUCAUGGAACAACAUUAACAAGUUCCCCUUAUCUACUUUUUGGUGGACGGGUAUUGAUGAUACGAGUAUUUUGGCUCAUUUAACCCCAGCAGAAACUUAUACUGCUUCUGUUACUCCUGGUGAAGUCUACAAAUGCUCCAAAAAUCAUCGUGAUAUCGAAAGUUCAAAUUCAAGUUUGCUAGUUUAUGGACAUGGUGAUGGUGGCGGUGGGCCUACUCCCGAAAUGCUGGAAAGAUUGAAAAGAAUGAAAGAAGUAGACGGGCUUCCUACUGUUAAACCAGGGAGUGCUAGUGCGUUUUUUGAAAACCUUGAGAAGAAAUCGGAUCGUUUACAAGCAUAUAAAGGAGAGCUUUAUCUCGAAUUUCACCGAGGCACGUAUACCUCGCAAGCACUUGUUAAGCGCGGUAACAGAAAGGGGGAGAUUAUCAUCCGAGAUGCUGAGAUAUUGGCCACAGCAGCAAAGCUUCACUCAAAUCAUAUCAAUGCUAAAUAUAGCUAUCCUUUCGAAGAGCUUACUCGACUCUGGAAACUUCUUUGUCUUAAUCAAUUUCACGAUUGCUUGCCUGGAUCUGCUAUAAAUUUAGCCUAUGUUGAUGUGCAUAAGUUUCAUCGUGAGGUUAUCUCUGAGUCGUUGACACUUCGUCAUAAAGCCCAGUCAUUGCUUAUUACUGACAGACCUAAAGACAAUGGCCAUGAUGAAGAUCAGGGUGUUAUUGUGUUCAAUACACUUCCUUGGGUUCGAUCUGAUGUUAUAAUUUCCCCAGAAAAAGGAACAAAAUGGACGAAUCAACAAUGGGAUGGCGAUUAUGAAUAUCUUCUAGUUGAAAAUAUCCCUGGUCUUGGUGCAUCCGGAUUUGUCGAAAACACAAAUGACUUUAAAUCUGUUUUAAAUGAGAAGGCAGCAAAAGCGUAUUCUACAAAAUCUGGACAUUUUGUCCUGGAAAACAUAAACUUGAAGGCAACUUUCAAUAGUGAUGGACAGCUCAUUGAAUUGCUUGAUAAGAAAUCUGACAGAGGAAAUCUUGUUCCUAAAAAUUCGCUUGGAAAUAUCCUCCAGCUUUAUGAGGAUGUGCCUACAUACUGGGACGCUUGGGAUGUUGAAAUCUACCACCUGCAAAAAUAUGUCAAUCUGGAAGGACAAAAGACCUUGAAGAUUAUUUCAGAAGGUCCAUUGAAAGCAGAACUUCGUUUCCAACACAAGAUUUCAGAUGUCAGUUCAAUUGAGCAAGUUAUUAGUCUCACAUGUAUUGGUGAAAGGAUUGAGUUUGAUAACUUUGUGGAUUGGCAUGAAAGCCAUCAAUUUUUGAAAGUGGAAUUUACGUGGGAUAUUGUUACAGAUUUUGCUACAUACGAUAUUCAAUACGGAGUAGUUAGAAGACCCAAUCAUUACAACACAACUAUUGAUUCCGCAAAGUUUGAAGUAUGUGGACAUAAAUUUGCAGAUAUUUCAGAAUCCAAUUAUGGUAUUGCUUUAAUGAAUGAUUGUAAAUACGGUUAUGCAACACAUGGAAGAACACAGCGUCUUUCAUUGCUUCGUGCACCAAAGGGACCGGAUGAAAAUGCCGACAUGGGUCAACACAAGUUUAAAUAUGCUAUAUAUCCACACCGAGGCAGUUUCAGCUCUUCCAAUGUCAUGCAAGCUGCUUUGGAAUUUAAUACUCCGCUUUCUAUUCGCCAUGCCAAGGGCAGUGAUAUUCAAAGUGGGCAUGUUAUUCAUUCGCUCUUCAGGAUGGAUCCACCUAAUCAAAUUAUUAUUGAUACUGUCAAGCUUGCUGAAGAUGAUGCGGGCAAAGGAAAACAAGUUAUUUUGCGUCUAUACGAAGCUUAUGGAGGCACGAGCUCGGCUAUAUUACACAGCAAUUUAAAGAUAAAGAGAAUUCAAAUAUCUAAUAUCUUGGAAGAUGACUCAAAAAAUGAACUCAAGCCUCAGUCAGAGAGCGGAUUUCCAAUUACUCUUAAACCAUUCCAGAUUAUGACAAUUAAAAUCGAUUUAUGUUAAAUAUUUUUAAUAUUUAUAUAUCACCCUUACAAAUUUUUUACUAUAAAUAAAGUAACAAUAAAUCUAUGUGAAAGCUCUGAUAGUCA